CGACUGUGGAAAAGUGAGCGUGGGCUCAGAACAGUAAUAUUUGCCUCUCCUCGAUUGCAAGAUUGCAAACUGAGCUUUGGUUCGUGUUCAGAACCUCACCAUUUGACACAGUCAUUGGAAUUACCUGAAGGUCCAUAUCAAAGUCAGCAUGCCUUGGCGUAAUCUCGGAUAUGAAGUAUACAAAAAAGAGAUGGGAGAGGAAAUGUUCAAAAAGAAGAUAGAGGAAUUCGAAAAGCCUCUUGCUCCACCUGGUUUUUUCUCCCAAAGCAAAAUCGCAUACGAUACCACCAAACUCAAGUUACUCUUCGGCACGAAGGUGUUAAUCAAGGGACAGCGGGGCACACAUCCCAUUGGAGUUGGAGCCGAGGGAAUCGCAACUAUUGUCUCUAAUCCAAAGAUUCCACCGUGCGAGUUUUUCACACCGGGACGUUCUUACCCAGUCUGCCUCCGUCAUUCGACCAUACAGUCCGUGGAUGACGUAUUGAUUGACUUCUGUGGCGGGUCUAUAAGAUUUGCCAGAAGUGAUGAUAUGGAAAGUCCUUGCGAUAUUGUUAUGGGGACUGGAGAGACAACACCGUUGUGGAGCGCUCAGGCCAUUUUUGAUGCAGUGAAAGCCAAGAUUUCAAAAGAUUUGAAAACUUAUUUGCUGAUAGGACCUGACCACCUAAAAGCCAACAUUGGGGGCUUGCGCCAGAAGCCUGAAUCAUUUUACGACCAGCGUUACUACUCAGAGGUGGUUUUCGAAUUCAAAGCGUUCGAUGGUGUUAAGCGUUACGUCAGAUUCCGUAUGAUGCCCGCUGAUGGGCGGCCAGAAACAGGCUUAUUGUCUGAGGAAGUCCAGCAGCAUCCAUGGAUAAAUGAAAGGUCACCCGAUGAGACCUUACCAAUGGACUAUCUCAAGCGUGAGUACAGAGAGAGAAUUUCCAAGGGACCACUCGACUAUAAACUACAGCUGCAGCUCCAUGAACCUAAGGACGGUGAUGUGCCAUGGAUACUUCAUGUCGGGAGGGAAUGGGACGAGGAAACGCACCCAUGGUUAGAUUUGGCUGACAUCAAAGUGACGUCAUUACUGUCUCCAACCGCAACGGAACGUCUGAAGUUUAUAUAUCUAAACCUUCCAGCGUCAAUUGGUCUUUUGCCAGCCGUAUCUGUUGAUGAUCCUAAUGUUGUUCUUCACAUUCGUAAUGAAGUGUACGUCUGGUCUCAGAAGCUACGGAAAAACAGAUCAAAUAAGCUUGUCCCAGAGCACCUCGCGUCCUAUCUUAUCCGUGUGGAAACUGGAUCUCAGUCUGGAGCAGGGACGGACGCCUCCAUUUCUAUUUCGUUGACAGGUACUAAAGGAAAGACAGAUCGUAUGAAGUUGGAUAACUGGGGCAAUGACUUUGAGAGAGGAGAAGUUGACGAGUAUAUGGUAGAAGCGAUGGAUGUUGGCAAAGUUCUAAUGGUGCAUCUUCAUAACGACCAAGGUGGCUGGUGGUACAAAAAUGCUGAUUGGUUCGUCAACAAAAUUGCGGUGAUAAGUUCCACUCAGGAUGAACCAUUUGAGUUUCCAUGUUAUCGCUGGGUGCUAUCGGAUUUGGUAGUAUUUGAAGGAAGAGCUAUUCUUCCAUUUAAAGAGCAGCCAGAUGCCCUCAAAAGUCAGAGAACUCUUGAAGUGAGAAAUCGCCAGGAGCUUUACAAGUGGGGAAAUAAGGAAGAGUACAAGUAUCUUCCUGGGUAUCUUCAAGCUGAGACACACGCCGAUAUCCCAAGAGAUUCACAGUUUUCCGACGAGGCCAGGGGUACCUUAAAGGAUAACCAGCGCAAAGCGGCUGUCGACCUCGGUCUUACCUAUCUGACUUCUCUUUUCGAUAGCUGGGAUAAUUUUGAUGAUUUUGAGAAGAUCCUUCACAGAGCGUGUGCUGGUAGCGUACCAAAGAUCGUCGAGAAUGACCGAUGGAAGACCGACAAGGUAUUCGGGUCAAUGUUCUUAAACGGCGUUAAUCCGAACGUUAUCCGACGUUGUGAGAAGUUACCGAGUAAUUUCCCAGUCACUGAAGAAAUGGUGAAGACACUUUUGGAUCGAGGAAAGACACUGCAAGAAGAGAUGGAGGCAGGUCAUGUGUACAUUGUUGAUUACAAGGUGCUUGAAGGAAUUCCUGAAAAAAAGGGAAAUCACUCGGCCCAACCUUUAGGGCUGCUUUAUGUCGAUAAUUCAGGUGACUUGGUGCCCAUCGCCAUUCAGUUACUACAGCAACCAGGCGACACCAAUCCAAUAUGGACUCCAAGUGAUUUACAAUAUGAUUGGCUGUUGGCAAAGAUGUGGCUUCGUUACGCUGACAAUACGAUUCAGCAGAGACUCACUCAUCUUCUCGAAACCCACUUGGUAAUGGAAGCCUUUGCAAUGGCAGUCUGGCGCCAGUUACCCUCAAUUCAUCCUGUAUUUCAACUCUUAUUCCCACACCUUCGCUCCGUGAUGGCGAUCAACAAGCUUAUCAAAGAUUCUGCUUUAGCAGAGAAUGAACCUUCCAAACAAUUGCUGAAGAAAAGUUACCAGACGUUCAAGAUGAGCAUGCUUUCCCCACCCAAAGCGCUUAAAGAGAGAGGUUUGGAUGAUCCAGAUAAAUUGCCCAAGUUUUAUUACAGGGAUGAUGCGCUCCUUUUAUGGUCAGCCCUCACAACUUUCGUCAGAGACAUCAUCACCCUUUACUACAAGUCAGAUGAUGAUGUUACUAAGGACGUGGAGCUUCAAGCAUGGAUUAAAGAUUUACAUGACAACGGCCUCCCUGUGAGAGAGGGUGACGAGGACCAUGAGGUUCUGAGUGCCUUGCAAACACGUGACCAACUUAUCGACCUACUCACAAGCGUGGUCUUCACGUGCUCGUGUCAGCAUGCAGCGGUAAACUUUGGUCUUUUGGAUGUGUCAGGCUUUAUUCCCUUCACUCCCUCCGUGAUGCGUAAGCCACCUCCUACUAAGAAAAACCAGACGUCUCUAAAGACCAUUCUUGACACACUGCCAAGCAAGAGUGAGUCCCUUAAACAAGUAGCGUUACUUUACGUGUUGACGCGAUAUGCCGAGGAUGAGCGUUUUAUUGGCGACAUUACACACAGCCUUUUGACUGGUGACGAGGAAGAUGCUGCAAUGAGUCGCUUCCAGACCGUUUUACAAGAAAUCUCGGAUUCCAUCAAGGCCCGCAAUGAGUCUUUGGAAUUGCCUUACACCUUUCUGUUGCCCGAACGAAUUCCCGAUAGUAUUGGCGUCUAAGGCGCUGACAAUAUUUGAGGAUUUUUUUCUUAAAAAUAUCACACAGCGAUUUUUGUGUCGUUCAGCACGUGUCGUGCUGCAGAAUGUUUGACUUUUUCGUAAUGCACACCUUAAAACCAUAACUUAGCUCUCCUUAAAGGUGGAGAGGGUUUGUAGCAGUAAAAGAAUAUCUUUGGUAUGGCAGAGACAAUCAGCUUAUUAUUCGUUCAAUUUUGUAGUGUAGUUCUGUGCGUGAUCUCAGAAUAGAAGUUGUUUUGUAAAACUAAAACAGUCACAUUUUGUAAGGUUCCUCUUUUGAGAGGAGCGUUAGAAGUAGUAGUUGUCUUCUAUUACAAUCGCCAUGUCCCAGUCAUCCAUCAUUCAAAUUUUUCAGGUAACUUGUUUUUUACCAUUUAACUUUCAUCAGUGAACAAGACAGAAUUUCUCCUUGCAAUGUCAGUACAAUAUCAAAUGAGGAGAAUAAAGAAAAAUUUCAGUUAGGAGAUUAUAAGUUGAUCAGAACCAAAUUCUUCAAACUAACAACUAACACAAGAACUGUACAGGAGACAGUAAGGAGAAUAACUAAUGAGAUCUUGGGAGUUAAAGGGUUAACCUCAAGUUAAUUUCAAGUUUUAUCCUGGUUUGAGCUCUUUUUCCCAAGACAGAGGUCUUUAUUUUAAGGUAUAGUGCAGUGGGAAUUUAUGAAAGGAAGUUAUGGCGGUGGCAUUUGUGAAGACCUAAAUCAGCUCGUGACUUUCCAAAUUUAAUCCACCGUAAUCUGCCUUAUGUAAGACAAUCAGCUAUGUUACAGCUAUUUUCAAUGGAUUACUCAGAGAUGUGAAUUAUUGGAAAAUUCUCGCGUCUGUUUGCUUCGGUGUAAUCU